AUGGCCUCAUCCACAACAAGACCUUCGCUAGGCUCGCCCCAAGUCUCAUCAACGCGCGUCACCCCCAAGAAACCCUCGCUCGGAAAACGUACCUUAUCAGCCGGUCCCAAACGCGGCCAGGAGUUCUCGGUCGACGAUGCUCAAGAGGAGGUUCAACAAGACAAGGCUUCAUCAUCUUCCAGCCACGUUCUAAAUCGUAAGGCUUCAACACUUCGCAGACGGCCAACCGCCCAACCGCCGCAAUUAGCAAGAGUUGAAUCCGACGAAAGAGAGGAUAGCCCAUCUUCAAGGCCUCAGACGGCCGACUUUAACAAACAAGCCGAUUCUGACGAUACCGAGAUUACGCUACGCCCCGACGACGAAGACGAUGCGAAUGCUGGAGAGGACCAAGACGAGGAGAGCGACAAUGACGACGACGACGAAGAUGACGCUGAUCUGAGCGACGCUGAGAGUUUCACCCUUAAGGACAGACAAGAGGCCAUCAACGAGACACAUCCUUUCGGUAUCCGUAUCUGGAAGCCUGCUCUUUACAAGAAGAGUCGUUCAGUCCAAGUCACGGCUGAAGGAGAUAUCCAUCAAGCCCCUGGCCACCACGUCAGCCUGGGCUUGUUGAUAUUCAACGUCCUUUGGACACUCAUAUUUGGUUGGUGGCUCGCAUUACUCUGCGCUGUUGGAGCUCUGGUCUGCUUUGCUCUGCGUUUCACCCCCGGAUGUCAAGAAUAUGGCUACGUAUUAUGGCAACUCGCUGGCUACAUCUUCUACCCCUUCGGCAAAUAUGUCAUGCUCGAACAUGACGAAGCAUACAUGGAGGAAGACUCCGGCGAAGGUCGCAGCAUCUCCGAGUACGAAAGAUGGCAGACUGGUGAUCUUGAGGAAGGUCGCCUGUUCUUUGGUCCCACCGACAUCAACCGUUCCUUGAUUGGCCGUAGAAGAGACAGCGUCGAUACAACUCCCGAUGAGACUGAUAGCUUGCUCGGUCGUCCUGGUAGGCGCUCCAGUGGUGACAAGCAGGAAGCCAAGUCAAGACUAUUCGGCCGUGGAAAGUGGACUGUCGGAAGAAUCAUCUUCUUUGCAGUCUUCUGGGGUUUCAUCACUCCUUCGCUCUUCUUCAUCUCGGGUCUCUGUUGGUUCCUCGUCUUCACCAUCCCCAUGGGCAAGGUCACGCUUCUCUUGCACCAUCACUUGAGAAGACAUCCUUUGGCCCUGUCCUUCCACUCAGACACCCAUGACGCCAAUCGCGGAUCAAGCGAAACAUCUUCGAGUGUUCUUCUCUGCACAUACCGAGCUGUGGGUAGCAGAUACUGGAAGUACACCAUUGAUGGUACCAACAUCUUCCUCAUCAACUUGCUCAGCAUGGUCGCCUUUGCCAUCUUUGACUUCUACGUUCUGAGGGAAGCUCUGGAGAUCGAGAGUGUCAUCACCUCAUCUGGCUUCAUCUUCAUCCUUGGACUGUUCUCCAUCAUCCCCUUGGCUUACUUCAUCGGUCAGGCCGUUGCCUCCAUCUCUGCUCAAUCGUCUAUGGGUGUCGGUGCUACCAUCAACGCCUUCUUCUCAACCAUCGUUGAGGUCUUUUUGUAUUGCGUUGCUCUCAACCAGGGCAAGGCCCAGCUGGUCGAAGGAAGUGUCAUUGGUAGUAUCUUUGCUGGUAUCCUCUUCCUUCCGGGCAUUUCGAUGUGCUUUGGUGCCAUCAAGCGCAAGACUCAACGCUUCAACGUUAGAUCCGCAGGUGUCACAUCAACCAUGUUGCUAUUCGCAGUCAUUGGCUCUUUCAGUCCCACCUUGUUCUACCAAAACUAUGGUAGCCACGAGCUCGUCUGUCACCAGUGCUUUGGCUCGGAUCUGUCAAACGGAGAUAGAGAUUGCAGACGCUGCUACUUCAACCAAGUACCUGCUCUCAACGAUCGCUUUUUCCUCGAAGCAGUCCGUCCCUAUAUCUGGUUCGCCGCUUUCUUCCUGUUCCUCUCAUACCUGAUUGGACUCCUCUUCACUCUCCGUACUCAUGCAGCAGUGAUCUGGAACAACGAAUUGGACGAGAAGAAGUUGGAGAAAAUGGAACAAGCCGCUCUGCACAUUGAAGCCAGACACGGCAGUAUCCCUGAUGGUACCAUUACCAGCCACCACCAUCACCCCCAUGCGCACAUGAGUCGCAACAGCACCAUGGGUACGAUUGGUACUCUUUCGCGAGAGAACAUUCGCGAGUCGCAACUGUACAAGCGUAUCCUUGGUCAAUCUUUGAAACAAGCCGGUUUCGGCAGCACUGCACCGAGCGAGCAACACUCCCCUGAUAAGGCUCAUGCACCUUCUCUUGGCGGCCCGACACACCUUGUGCCUCCCAAGUCUACCGAAGAGACCGGGGAUAAGAUCCAACAGCGCAAGCUACGCAUUCCUGGUCUCUCGGCAGAAGACAACACCGCUUUGGUACGUCAAGUUGCCGAGAUGGCAGCGACUGCAGCAACUGUCGCUGCUCGUGAUGCUACUCGUGCUCCUCGCAAGGCUUCCUACAUGGCAACUACUGGCACUGGUAGUGUCAAGCACCACGGUUCCGUCUCAUCAUCUGUUGCCCCCACAGGUCCAGCUACUAAGGCCGGAGGCACUCCUGAAGAGCCUGAGGAAGUACACGGAGAAGUUCAUGAAGCUCCAGCCCAUGAGUCUGGCGGCCAUGAUGCACCCAACUGGAGUCGAACCAAGAGUGCUGUGAUUCUGAUGACUGCCACGGUUGCCUAUGCUGUUAUUGCUGAGAUUUUGGUCGACACUGUCGACAGUGUUCUCGAACACAUUGACAUCGACGAGAAGUUCCUUGGUAUUACUCUUUUCGCGCUCGUGCCGAACACCACCGAGUUCUUGAACGCUAUCUCUUUCGCCAUGAACGGAAACAUUGCGCUGUCCAUGGAGAUUGGUUCAGCAUACGCGCUACAAGUCAUGCUUUUGCAGGUGCCAGCUCUCGUUCUCUACUCUGGUGUAUGGGCACAGUGGAUGGAGCCUGCUCAUGUUGCUGAUCACACCUUUAACUUGAUCUUUCCUCAAUGGGAUAUGGUUACCAUCAUCCUCAGCGUCUUCCUGAUGGGCUGGGUCGUCGGCGAAGGCAAGAGUAACUAUUUCAAGGGUUCCAUCCUGAUCCUCGCCUACGUCACCAUCCUUAUCGGCUUCUGGUUCUCGAGCUGGUCUAGCGACGAUGGAGUCAUGGGCGUCAACCGCUUCGACACUCUCGCCUUGCCAACCACACUCGAGACCUUCAAGACAAUCGGAAAGUCAACCAGAGGACAAGCUUAUGCUUAA